AAAGCUAAUAAAACUGCUGCCGAAACCCUGACACUUUGUCCGGCUGUCUCCAGGGCUGCAGCUCAACACUACUGCCUCGAGAGUAAUUAGGUUCGGGCAAUAAAUACUGGCAUAACCCAUGAUCGCACUUCCUUCAAACACAUUAGAAAUAUACCGAGGGAGAAAGUACAAUAAAUGACAUCACUGAAGGAAAUGAAUCAUCUGUCAGCUGUGGGUGGAUAAAAAAUUCAGCUUGUACUUGAAGCAGCAGAAUACACAAUCUGUGUUUGCAAGCCGGAGGGGGGACAUAGUCACCAGAGUGAUUCUCACUAAAUCUCUUAUCCUACAAGAAAUGGAAAAGUGGCAGAAACUGAGACCAGUUGAGUUCAGGAAUGGUAUCUUGUGGCUUGAAGAAUCUCCAAGAGAUUUCAAGGAAGACUGUCUCGAAUUUUCACACAAGGACAGCGUGUUUGUGAAGGAUUUUCAUCAGAAACUGUUGGUAUUCACAGGAAAAGAAAGUUGUGGGGAAGCAAAAUUCUGUGAUCUGAAUAAGAAAGAAAUGGCUGAUGCAGUGAGGCCUGACAACUUAGUGAAUGGCAUCAAGUUUGAUGUAAUUUACCACGAGUUAACAAACUGCAAAACAUGUGAAUUCAAGGAUUCAUUUCCAGUCUCCUUUGUAGUUCAUUACAACUCAAAGACAUAUCAAAUGUCAUGCAGCGAGUCCAAACGUAUUGAAUUUCUAGAGCAGAAUACCUCAGAAGAAGAAAUAGUGGAUAGGAGCAAACGCAACAUCAUAUUCUACAGGAAAGAUUUCGAGGGACAAUUUUCAAUGUUUGAAUCAGAGUUUGCACGUGGCUACUGGUUGUGUGCAGAACAUGAAAAGGGACUUUAUAAAUUAGCAUUGAAGGAGGUGAAAGUAGAGGUUGACGAAGGAACUUUGCUGAGGUUGUCACCGUGUAACAAAAACUAGACCAACUAGAACCCUGAAAUUAAGCUGACACCUCCCCCACCCCCUAAAAAGGUGCAACGUUGAGAAUGACUCUAAGCUGACAUUUUACAUUAGUGACCUGUACAUUUUAAUUCACAUUGCAGUUAUUUUAGGCAUUGCAUCACCAUUUUCCCCCCAAAUUGAUUAUAAUUAUCAGUGGUUUGUAAAAAUAAAUGUACAUAGAGUAGUUGCCUCAGGGAAAAUGUAGUCAAGCAAAUGUUUUGAUUUACUAAGGGAUUAAUCUGUAACUUUACUCCGGUAAGGAUAUUUUUAGAAAUAGUUGCUUUAGCAGAGAAGGAACAAGUUAACAUUUUGUUUGGAUAAUCAGAUCUGAUAAAGAUCAUUGAGAGUUGUGCAAUUAUUCUUACAUAUGGAACAGAGGUAAAGUUGCUUAACUAUAUUUAGUGUAUUUUACCAUCCUUUUGUCAUUGUGGAAACACUUGCAGGUAGGUUUACCUGCUACAGAACUACUUUAAAAAAAAAUCUAUGAUGCCUGUCACUGAUACUUGUUCAAAUGCAACUGAAAUAGAUUCAAACUGAGGCCUAUUCAGUGAGGCUGGGCCCUUGACCUUUGGUAACCUUGUGAGAGGCAAUAAACCCUACCCAGCAUGGCUUUUCUGUAUCAAUCCUCCAACACAGUAAGUGUCCUCAUCAUUGAUAUGCAUUUAUAACAGAUAGUCAAGUCCUCUAGCCAACGCUAUUACUCAGGUAACAUUUUUGGAUUGAACUGAUCAUGUUUGUUGGGUGAGACUAGGCAGAGAUGACAGAGGGGCAAACAACCUAUCAUUUGAUUGUUAUAAUGCAGUCUGGUCAAGACAUUUUCAGCUGUCACCCUGUGAUUUGUGACGGAUUUAAGACCUGUAACUACUUUGAAAUUUCUUGAGGCAAAACUAACAAUCAAGGAAAAUGUUUAUAACUAAGAAACUGGUUUCCAUGCUCAUUAGAAUAAAUGGCAAGUAUGUAUACAUAUAUAUUAUGUAAAUAAAAACAAAUUUCUGGAAA